CAUUUGGAAAACCAUUUGCCGAAACUUUUGGCGAUUAUCUUCCACCUGAUUUUGAGCACCCAAUCUUUAAUGUAGAUGGUUCAUUUUUGGCUAUGAUGAACAUGUCAGAAGAUACGACCACUAAGGUCUUGGCUAGCCGAAGAUUGAAAUGUCUUGGUGAUUUAGGAAAUC